AUGGUCGACCGAAUCCAUGCAGAUGAGGGCAGUGCAGCCAACAUCCUACAAUUAGCAGUCAUCCAACAGAUAGGCUUAGAGACAAAGAUCAAUAAAUCAGCCAGGUCGCUGACUGGCUUCAAUGGCACAACAACGGUUACCGUGGGCACAACAGAUCUCAAUGUUUACUCCCCACCUGUAAUCAACUCGCAAACAUUCAUGGUCAUUGAUGAAGUCUCACCCUACAAUGGCAUUCUAGGCAGACCAUGGAUCGGAAAAAUCAACGCCAUCACCUCUACCACACACCAAAAGAUCUGCUACCCAAUCCUUGGGGGCGAUAUCGACCAGAUCAACAGCAAUCAGGCAAUAGCGAGGAAAUGCUCAGCUCAAGGGCUAAGAAAGGCAAGCAAACACAAUUCCUCCCUAUGA